AUGAUGCAUGCUAUGAUGCAGUCCAUCCCAUUGGUUGCCAAGUUUACUCAGAACACCGAAAAGUUCUAUGAACUUGUUGAAAAUCGCACUGUUUGUAUCGUUGUAUCGAUAUUUGACUUCACUGGACCCUUAAAACGAGGAACCUAUCAGAUUUACUCCAACCUCCUCAAGAACGUGGCCCGGCAUCAUCUGCAACGCGUUUUCUGGGUUAUGGUCGAGGAUGAGCACUAUCCAAUGCUGGAAAAAACCUAUGGCCAAGAAACAAGUCUAGAAGAAUUUAAAAUUGGUAUGGAUGAUGCAGCUUGGCAGUAA